UCAAAACAUGGCCGACAUCAGGGAGGAAGAUUUCACUCGAAUGCAGGCACAGAUCAUCGAGCUACGAACUGCAAAUUAUGAUACGGAGGUCAAAUACCAGAGGCAAAAUAAUGAACUUGAACAGUUGAGAGAGAAAUGCUCACAGAUUGAGAGAGAGUUAGAGAAAAGCAGUAAGAUUAUUCAAAAAAGUAAAAACAAAAAGGAAUAUGCUUUACUUUUGGAAGAGAAUGAAAGUUUACAGCAUCAGUUGAGGGAUCAUGAGGAAGACUUCAAACUUCAAAAUAAAACACUGCUCGAAGAAGUUACGAGGGUAGAAGAUGAAAAUAAGAAACUAAUAGAAGAAGUAAAAAAUCUCAAAUCUGGAAAAGAAGGGGACGCUUUUUCUUCACACGAAGCUGAAUUAAGAAGAUUAAAAGCUGAGAACGCUGUUCUACAAAAAAGUCUUAAAUCGACGCAAGCAUCUUUUGAAGCCGAACCUCAGAACGUAAUCGAUGGGGAGAAUCUGCAAACAGCUGUUAGUAAGCAACCAAAUGCAGAUGACGAUGGACAAAGUACAGGCGAAAACCUGACGACAGAGAAAGCAGUUCAAGAUCCACAAUCAAUUUUAAAUGAAAUUAUAGAUGAAUUCACUAAACAGAUUAACUUGACCUUCGAGACAUUUUUUCAUGAUUUCGGACUUAAAUGUAAAACGACAGAGGAGCAAGAUGUUCAAUCUCCUGAUAACAAUGGAUCUGAGACGACUUUAGGGGAUAACAAUGCAUCUGAGACAACUUUAGGGGAUAAAAAUGGUGAUGAAAUAAGACAUUGUACAUUGGAUCAAGUAGAAAAUUUAAAUGAAAAAAUUCAAAGUAAAAUUUCUACCCUGCUACAGGAUAAAGUUGUCACUUUGAAGUUAAAAAACGAAAAUUACGAAGAGACAAACCUAAAACCGUCAACGCAAUUAACUGAAAUCCAACUACAGCUAGCCACUGAAAGGGAAGAGAAAAACAUUUUAGAAGAACAAUUAGUUACUCUGGAAGGAAAUUUACGGAAAGAUAUUUCAAGACUCGAGGAAGAAGUCAGUAAGUUAACGGAGAAAGCCAAGAAGAAACAAGAAAGCUUUAUUCAACUGCAAAAUGAAAAAGAGAAUCUUUAUAACGAAAACAGAAAGACAAUCGAAGAUAUGAAAAUAGCGCAUUCAAACGAGAUUAAGAAAUUUAAAGAACAAAUAACACAGUCUUCACAAGAUUUAGAUGCAGCAAGAAAAGAACUGGCAGACAAUCAACAAACAUCGGAAAAUAAGGUUGAAGAAUUAGAGAAAAAGCUACUUGCUCAAGAAAGUCAGGCAACGUCGAAUGUCGAAGAAACGAUACAAGAGUUGGAUAAUGCCAGAAUAGAAAACAGUUCUCUAUGUGAACAGCUGCAAUCACUACAAGAGGCAUGUGAAUCGUAUCGUAUUGAAAACGAAGACCAAAAGGCAAUGUUGAUAACUAUGCAAGAUAAAAUGAAGCAGAUGGAGGAUAAGGAAAUUACGCUGAAGGCAGACAACGAUAAACUAAAAUCUGAGAUUGAGGAAUCCAGCCUUAGUUACGAACAUUUGCGAAGACAAGUUGACGAGACAAUGGGUGAAAAAGAACAGUAUAUACAGAGUGCAAACGAAGCAGCGAAGCUUGCAGAGAAACGAAAACAAAUCCUUGAUGAAUUUUCGAUCGAUCAACAGAAGCUCGUGGCCGAGCACAAAGAACAACUAGAAAGAUUGGAAACUAGCUAUAAAGACGAAGCGAAGAAGACUGAAGACGAAUUCAAGAGAACUAUUGAAGAUCUUAAGACGCAGCUUCAAGGUGAAAAGAAACUAAAAAAAGAUCUUGAGGAGAGUCAGCAGCAUCUUUCUGACGUCACGUCACAACUGACCUCUGUGGAAAGCAAAUGUGGCUGGUUUGAAAGAAGAUUGGCGGAAACUGAGGAAAAUUUGAGCCAGGAAAAGGCGAACGCUGUUGAAACAAUUGAAGAAAUCAAGAAAGAACAUGAGUCAAAUAUGAAUGAAACAACAGCAAGACACGAGGCUGAACUUCAGAAAUUGAACGAAAAGUUGGAAGCCGUAGAAGCAGAGAAACAAGAGCAACAGAAUGUGAUUGAGAAGUAUAAACAAGAGAUCAAAGACAAAGAUGUAGAAAACGUAAUAGCUGGAAAGAAAGGAGAUCAUUUAAUGAAAGAUUUAAAGCGACAGUUAAAGAUGGAAAGGAAGAAAACAGAACAACUUCAACAAAGAUUGCAAGAAGCUUGUUCUGAAAACAGAGCUCGAGAAAAUUUUGAAAAGCUUUUUGAUCCCAAUGUAUCAAAAGAGUAUGGACGGCGAAACAGCGGAGAUUCAUCUAUGCUCAGUGGUUCCUCUUUAACAAAUGAAUCUCAUGACACUAAGGAGCCAAGUCCGGAUUCAUCGUUCAACACCAGUGUAAAUGAUGAAACGGCAGAUUUAAUUUCGCGCGUAGCCGAUAUACAGCAAGAAAAAUGGCAACUGGAAGAAAGGGUUCGCCAUUUGGAAGAGAAUGGUUCAGCUAUGGCAGACGACUUGAUGAGAAAGAAUGCGGUCAUUCAACAUUAUGCAAUGGAAGCUAAAUUCGAUAACAGCAAAGAUAUUUCAAGUCCGCAGGAAUCGAACUUCAAAUCGCGAAUGAAAGGGACGUUUAAUAUUGGCAAGCAAGAAAUAUUACUUAAAGACAUGAAUAAAAAGCUUCAAAACAUGCUUGAAGAAACUUUGAUGAAAAAUAUUCAAUUGCAAAAGGAUAUCGAUAUAUUAGCAGAUAAUCAAAGGUCAAAUACACAAGAACACUCUUCUAACAGAUCCAACGAAGCAGAUAAGACGUAACCGUGAUAUCGAUGUUUAGUAUAUUUGAAAUACUCAGCGCCGACCAUAAUUAUUAAUAUUGUUCUCUCACAUUUUCAUACUCGACACCAGACUCGACAAUAAUAACGAUAAUAAUACCUAUUGUAAGGUUAAUCCACGUUGUACGACAUGAAAAUGGCUUUUUAGUGUGACGAUAAACGCCGAUCUACACGAUGCGAUGCCGUGUAUACGAUUCUUAUCCUGACGUAUGAAAAAGAUUGUUGACGCCACUCUCUCUGUUCAUCAGUUUAUAACGAAGUUUAAAAUGUGACAUCUUUACACACAUUUAUUCGA